CUGCCGCUCAGUGGCCCGCCAUUAGGGUGAGAGCUGGCAGCGACGGGCUGUGGACGACGGCUACCCCGCAGCGCAUCAUCCCGUGCACACGGAAGGGGGACGGCUAGACGAGGUCCUUCUUCCACAAAAGGGAAUGUACAUGUAGACAACACUAGAAUAUCAAGAUUUGGAGUGGUGAAGAAUGUCCCUACCAAGUCGGCAAACAGCUAUUGUAAAUCCUCCACCACCAGAGUAUAUAAAUGUUAAGAAAAAUGGGAGACUGACAAAUCAGAUACAGUAUCUACAAAAAGUUGUCCUGAAGGCUUUGUGGAAACAUAGUUUCUCCUGGCCUUUUCAGCAGCCUGUAGAUGCUGUGGAACUUAAGUUGCCUGAUUAUUACAACAUCAUAAAAAAACCAAUGGAUUUAAAUACAAUUAAAAAGCGUUUGGAACAUAAAUAUUAUGUGACAGCUUCAGAAUGUAUAGAAGACUUCAAUACAAUGUUCUCAAACUGUUAUUUAUACAAUAAGCCUGGAGACGACAUAGUUCUUAUGGCACAAACUCUAGAGAAGUUGUUUAGGCAAAAACUAUCCCAGAUGCCACAAGAGGAACAAGUUGUGGGUGGUAAAGAAAGAAUAAAGAAAGGUACUCAGCAGAAUUUGACUGCUUCUUCUGUUAAAGAAAAACAAUCUGUUAAAGCUCCAGAAAGAAUAUUCAAGCAGCAAGUGAUUUCAUCUGCAUUUCCUGAAACAUCUACUUCUCCAUUAAACAUGACACAAGGUGUUCCUCUCAUUUCUGCUUCACAAACAUCAACCCAAGUUACAAGGGGUGUGAAAAGGAAAGCAGAUACAACUACUCCUACAACUUCAGUAGGUACAGAGAAUAGUGAAUCUUCCCCAACAUUUACAGAAAAAAAAUCAGUGAAAAUGCCAACUAUAAAAGAAAAGGCUGUUUUGCCAGAUUCUCAGCAACAAUAUAAAGAUGUAAAGAAUGCUGAAGAAAGUGAACAAUUACGACACUGUAAUGAAAUUCUUAAUGAAAUGCUAGCAAAGAAGCAUUUGUCCUAUGCAUGGCCCUUUUAUAAUCCAGUUGAUGCUGAUUCUUUGGGACUCCAUAACUACUAUGACAUUGUAAAAAAACCAAUGGAUCUUGGAACUAUCAAGGGAAAGAUGGACAACCAAGAAUAUAAAGAUGCAUGUGAAUUUGCUGCAGAUGUUAGAUUAAUGUUCAUGAACUGCUACAAAUACAAUUCUCCAGAUCAUGAAAUAGUGGCAAUGGCAAGAAUGCUCCAAGAUGUUUUUGAAGUGAAUUUUGCAAAGAUGCCAGAUGAGCCUGUUGAAAGUAUGCCUGUAUGCCACACCAAAAAAGAUAACAGAACAAAACUUGAUAGAGAAAGCAGUAGUGGACCAUCAUCUGAAGAUAAUUCUUCUGGUGAUUCUGAAGAUGAACGAGUUCAACAUCUUGCCAAGCUUCAGGAACAGCUUAAAGCUGUUCAUCAACAGCUACAGGUUCUAUCCCAAGUACCUUUCCGUAAGCCAAAGAAGAAGAAUGAGAAGCCUAAAAGGGAAAAGAAGAGAGAAAAGGUUAAUAGCAGAGAUGAGAACCCAAGAAAAAAGUUAAAGCAAAUGAAAUUAAAAGAAAAACCUAAGAGCAAUCAACCAAAAAAGAAGAAACAACAAGUUGUUGCUCUGAAACCCGAAGAUGAAGAUAAUGCCAAACCCAUGAACUAUGAUGAGAAAAGGCAGUUAAGCUUGGAUAUAAACAAACUCCCUGGAGAUAAACUUGGACGAGUGGUUCACAUAAUACAAUCAAGAGAGACUUCUCUGAAAAAUUCCAACCCUGAUGAAAUAGAAAUAGACUUUGAAACCUUGAAAGCAUCAACACUAAGAGAACUAGAAAAAUAUGUUGCUGCUUGCCUAAGAAGAAGACCACUAAAAUCUCAUGCUAAGAAAACAACGAAGACUAAAGAUGAACUACUUUCACAGAAGAAACAGGAUCUAGAAAAGCGAUUACAGGAUGUCAAUAAUCAGUUAAAUUUUAGAAAACGACAAACAAAGUGUGAGAAGACUCCGUUGUCCAAGACCAUUGGAACUGGUUCCCGACUGAGUGAAAGCAGCAGCAGCAGUAGUGGUAGCAGCAGCAGCAGCAGCAGCAGUUCUUCAGAAUCUGCAAGUAGUAGCAGUGACUCAAGUUCUUCAGACAGCAGUGAUUCUGAAUCAGAAAUGGCCCCUAAAUUUACUGGAGUUAAAAAGAAUAAUUCACCCUCUAAAGAGAAAUUAAAGCAAGUGCAAUCUUCUAUGAAAGAUACAACUUCUGUGAAAAAUACUCUUGUUCAUCAGAAUACAAAUUCAUUUGAAGUACCGCCAAGUCAUCACCAGUUAGCAAUGAAUCAUCAAAAAUCAGAAUAUUUACAGAGUGUGAAAAACAUUUCGCCUUCAAAAAUUCUAUGUCCUCCUGGUGAUUCUGAACAAUAUUUGAAUAGUCAAACUGUGACACAUCAGUCUGGCGAUAAGGAAACAAUAAUGAUUGAAUCAGAAUGUCAAGUUCCUGUGCAGAAGGAUAUAAAGAUUAAAAAUGCAGACUCCUGGAAAAAUUUAGGCAAACCAGUCAAACCAUCAGCUGUAAUGAAAUCAUCAGAUGAGCUCUUCAAUCAAUUUAGAAAAGCAGCAAUAGAAAAGGAAGUAAAAGCUCGAACACAGGAACUAAUACGGAAACAUCUGGAACAGAACACAAAGGAACCAAAAGUAUUUCAAGAGAAUCACAGGGAUCUUAGCUUCACUCUAGAAUCAUCUUCAAAUAAAAUGCAAAACAAAUGCCUUGGAGAAGAGCAGAAAGAACAUCAGUCAUUGGAAUCGCAAGAUAAAUCCAAACUCUGGCUUCUGAAAGACCGUAAUUUAGCAAGGGAGAAAGAGCAAGAGCGGAGAAGAAGAGAAGCAAUGGCGGGUACCAUUGAUAUGACUCUUCAAAGAGACAUUAUGACAAUGUUUGAAAACAACUUUGAUUAAAAGUCAAUAUUUAAAUUAACCAACUUAAAGUGAAUGAUAUGAAAGUAAAAUGAUUGCUUUCAGACACCAAGAUUCCAAUCUUAUAUUGUAUUUUGAUUGCUUUAAGAUGAUUAAACAAUUUUCACUAGCA